GGAAAAUUAAGGCUGUGUCUAACCUUUCCUUGAUCAGAUGGGAAGAUUCACAGCUAUUAGAGGGGCAGGGCCUGCAUAAGGACAGCAAUGGGAUGCCCUCCCCUGUUUUCCAGGAUGGAUUCACUGCAGAGACAGGACCUGAGGAGGCCCAAGAUCCAUGGGGCAACCCGAGUUAGCACCCAGACCCUCGUCCCCUACCAGACACCCACGUUGGCCUACCUGCAGCGCCUGUUGUGGAUUCGAAGGGCCUCUUCCAUGAGCCACAUCAAUGAGGUCUGGCCCAACCUCUACCUGGGAGACGCAUAUGCAGCGCGGGAUAAGAGUAAGCUGUGCCAGCUGGGCAUCACUCACGUCAUGAAUGUGGCUGCCGGCAGGUUCCAUGUUGACACGGGUGCCAAAUUCUACCGAGGGUUGCCUGUGGAAUAUUACGGGAUUGAGGCUGAUGACAAUCCCUUCUUUGACCUCAGCAUUUACUUCCUGCCUGCAGCGAGAUACAUAAGAACUGCUCUCAGCAAUCAAGGCCGCGUAUUUGUACACUGUGCCAUGGGGGUCAGCCGGUCUGCCACACUUGUCCUGGCAUUCCUCAUGAUCUGUGAAAAUAUGACCCUGGUGGAGGCCAUUCAGACGGUGCAGGCCCACCGAGACAUUUGCCCCAACUCGGGUUUCCUCAGGCAGCUCCAGGUCCUGGACAGUCGGCUGGGGCGAGAGACAGGGAGGCUCUGA